GGCGGGGGGCGGCGGGCGGCGGCCAACGCCCGCGAGCGGGACCGCACGCACAGCGUCAACGCGGCCUUCGGCGCCCUCCGCCGGCUCAUCCCAACCCGGCCGGCCGACCGCCGGCUCUCCAAGGUGGAGACGCUGCGCCUGGCCGCCAGCUACAUCGCGCACCUGGCCAACGUGCUGCUGCUGCAGCAGGCCGAGGGCACGGCGGCCGCCCAGCCCUGCCCGCAGCCCCCGCCGCCAGGCACCACCGCGCCGCGGCCCAUCUGCACCUUCUGCCUGAGCGAGCAGCGGAAGCGGCACCAAGAAGGAGAGAAACCGCUGUCUGGUCCAGCCGUAAGUGGACACUGAAUCGGCUGACAACCUUGCACCCAUCUUGCGCUGACUGUACAACUGCUCAGGGUAACCUCGCCGCACCUGUGCUGUAUGUUUACAUUUGAAUAACGCGGUCCUAAAAGAGUUACUUUUGAAGCCUAUGCACUUUGUUUCACAUUGUGUCAGGUUUAUUCAGGGUGUUUUGCAAAUGAAAUCGAACACUUUUGAGAGAGUUGCACCUGGCGUAGCAGCUAUUUUAGUGCGAGAAAUGUUAAACCUAGGCAGCCAAGCCCUGAGCUUGAUGUCUGCUAAACCUGUGGCACAUGAUGAAACUUGAACUUCCAAACACACAGUGUCUGCUGUCAGGGAAGCUGUCACGAACACGUCAUGCUGGCCGCCUCCAGCCCAGCCCGGGCUGCCACCCACUCCUCCAGCUGCACGCUAAUUCUUGGGCUGGGGGCUGAUACCGACAGCUGACACGCUCGAGAGAUCUGAACAAUGCUGGAAGAGUAUUUUAAGGUGUUCACAGAAAAUGGUAGAACUUACAGUGAAAACACCUCCUUCUGCUGCAUGCGUAGGCACAAUGGUGCACGGACCCGGGCUGCAGCCAGGACAGGAAAGUGGAGAAGCACUGCAUAAGCGAUGCUCUUUUCUUACUAGUGGUGCGAGUCGUGCCUCUCCUUCAAAUAGCGUGGGAUAUUCCUAAACCUGGCAAGCAUGGAGGAGGGAGGGUUUCCCAAGGGCUCUCUACAUUUACCCGUCAGCCAGGUCAUUCCCAAGUUGUGCCUGUACAUCACUGAUGUAAUUUAUCUCCCCUCAGUUUAUUAACUCGUAUGCGUUUUUUUCUUUUAGAAGGAAGUCUAGAAGCCAAAUAUGCAUGUUAUGUUUUCUGUUUGGGAUGUUAGUGAAACAGCAGGCUAAAAUCUUAAACCCCAGUAGUGGUGUUUUUUUUUUAAAAAAAGUAUAUAGAUAGCUUAAUUUUGCAAUGGUUUUUAUAGUUAUUUAUAAUAUAUUUAAUUAGGCCUUAAUUAAUCUGAACUUGUUACUUUAGGAGGUACUCUGUAUUCUUUCAAAGCUUGCUAACUGGUAACUAAUUAGAUAUUAGGAAGAAAUUCUUCACUGUGAGGGUGGUGAGACACUGGCACAGGUUGCUCGGAGAAGCUGUGGCUGCCCCAUCCCUGGCAGUGUUCAAGGCCAGGCUGGACGGGGCUUGGAGCAACCUGGUCUAGUGGAAGGUGUCCCUGCCCAUGGCAGGGGGGUUGGAACUAGAUGAUCUUUAAUGUCCCUUCCAACCCAAACCAUUCUGUGAUUCUAUGAUUAUGAUUAACUGUACCACUUGGAGAAGGACUGCAAAGAAGGCUUGCCUCGUUCUCCCUCCCCGGCUGCCAUCUGUUCAGUUCUCCAGCCAGCCUUGCUGCUUUACCCAGACAUGAAGAUUGUGGAAGCAGGACUGCGUUGCUCACUUCACUUUCUGCAUAGUAUUUUCUCUUCGUCCUCUAACUAAGUGCAAAGCAAAUUCUGGCAUUUAUUAUGAAGAAGUUAGCAAGAAAAUCUUGGUAUAUUACUCACACAAUACUUCAUAUUUUUAGUUUUGCUUCUCCCCUCCCAACACACAGUGACCACCUUUCCUUCAUCACAAUGAAGAAAAAUCUGUUGUACCUACAGAACCUGCAAUAACUUCUCCUCAACCCUAAUCAAGAAAAAUACAGAAGCAGAGUUGCAGCAAUUUGACAUCAUACCAGUCUAUUCACUCAUUAAAAGAUGUAUUUUCCUGGUUUGAGAAGACUAUUUUGGUUUUAGAAGGCUUCUAUCAUUAUUUUCUUUUUUAAUAGGGAACUUUAAAUUGCUGCCAGAUUAUAAUCUUUGUUUUGUUUUGGCAUUGAUUCAUGAAGCUGGAACUCUUUAUAGCUUUAUACAAAGUGCUUUUUAAUUUUGUGUAUUAAAGGGUAUUGUGUUGGCUUGUGUAUGCGGGUAUAGAUUUCUACAAAUAUAUCCUCCUGGCUUUUUUUUAAAUUAGUUUGAAAAACUUUGUGUUUAAAAAAGUUGUUUAUAAUUAAAGCUGAUGUUACAGUGAAGCUCUGCAUUCUUAUGAACACAUUAAACCAAAGCAUCUGACCUGCUUUACAAUUAAUACUAAUCUAUUCAUUUAGCUGUAUCAUUCAGUAUGAUACCCUAAAAUGGCAAAAAAUAAUGCAAUUUCCAACAGGAAAAAUCUGCAUUGAAUAUGUGCUGAAUUUUGCAGUACAUAAGAAUGACAACAUUAAUUAUUACAGGUUUUCAAAAAGUGAUUGUAUUGCAGCUUUAAGAGUUUUAAGUGUAGCUUUUUGCAAAAGCUGUGUAUUUGGAUUUAACAGGAGAUCUCUGUACUUAGUUAUUAAAGGAAAUGAGUAUAAAGAAAGCAAGGUCCACAUUUGCACCAUAGUAUUAGCUGAAAGCUCACAGCUUGAAACUUUCAUGAAUAAUUUGCACAAUCCUACAGGAAUUUGGCGUUUUCACUUUAAAUGGGAUUUUAUCUGUCUGGUUUUGUAUAAUGUUUAUACAAAAUGCUUUUUGAACACAAAAGCAGGAGCUGGCUGUUAGGACUUGGCCGUCUCUCCUACUUAACGUGGCUCACUGUAGCAUUAAAUUCUUCCCUCUUUACUCAGGAUAAACUGUUGAAUUCAGCUGGGCUUAAAAACUUUGGUAUAAUGCUCAGGGUUUCAAUUACUAAAUAAUACUGGAAUUUCAGUAACACUGAUUGAUGGUGGCAGAAAUUAGGCCCCAGAGCACUGUGGCCCAAAUAUUCAUGGUAUAAACAGAUAAUACCUAUCCAAAACAAUUAUGACAGUGAUUUCUCUGAGGAACAGACCCCAAGCCUGCGUUUAUGUAUAUGUAACACUAUGUAUUUAAAUGGAAACAAGCGGGGACAGAUCCUUACCUUUGCUGAAGUUUAUUUAUAAUGUAAAACUUCUCUACCCCCAGAUGCAAAAAAAGAUUCAGGAUUGAGCUGUUACUGUGUAAUGGGGUUUUUAUAAACUGAGGGAAAAAUAAUUUAAUUUCUAGAGACACAGGUGAACCGAGUGCUCAGAUUUCACACAUAAAGAGCUCACUCAUCAUUAGGUAUUUUAUUGAUUUUUUACUGUAUGAGUUUGUGUGUCUUAUGAGUUCUAUUUUUUUCAUCAUUUCAUUGAGACGAAUUUUUCACAGCAUGCACAAAUACAUAUUUAUAUGCCAAAAUUUUGUCCAGGAACAAGUACCUUACUUGAUGGUCAGGCACUGCAGUGCUGUGAAGUGUUCCAGAGGUGCCGAGCACCCUCUUGUUCUGGUGAAGAUCAUGUUUUUUUGACAUAUCUGUAAGUGUGUUCUGUACAUAUGAACAGGGGCAUGGCUAAUACUAAUCCCAUCUCUGGUUUCCUGUAAACACUUGGCUAUUCAAUUUACAUUAUGCAUGAAUACAGCAGGAACAGUGAGAUGUACACCAUUUGAUCUUAGAUGCUGUUAAAUGAUUGUUAAAAUAUUCCAAGUGUAGUACUUUAUAUAAAUCAUUGUAUUUAGCCUGCUAUAUCACAAUAUAAAAAUAGCAUUGAUCAAAAUGAAUAAAUCAUGGGGUUUGAUUUUAUUGGUUAAGUUUAAACAAGGUUUUUAACAUAGUUCUUGGUUACUUAUGAAUUAAUCAUAAUGUAAGUCAAAGUACUUUCAAAUGUUUGCUACUAUUUUCAGUUCUGUUCUACAAAAUGGAAGCUUCCUUUCUAAUACCUUCUUGCAAAAAUCUGCUUCUUUUCAAAAAUCUGUAUUUGUUUGCAAAAAAUGUGCUUAUAUUUGCAAAAAAAUAAACAGUAUUUUUGUUACUAAUUUAAACAAUAAACUAUGAACAGUAA